AUGUCCUCCACGCCGCCAAAGGAAUUACACAACUCCGACACCGAGGGGGGCGAGAGACCUCUUAGAGAAAGACUGAGAAAUGCUUCCAUCAAAAGCGCAAAGCCGCCAGCCGAUGCGACCGCAACCGCAGAGCCCGAGCCUGAAAAGGCGCGUGCCAAAUUGCAGCGAAAGCGGAGUCACGAAGACGUCGAGAGCGUAGAGGAAGAACCCGCACAUAAGAGCAGACAGGCUCGCAAGAACAAGAGAUCAAGGGAAAACUCGCCCGAGGAAAAGGUCGUUGAACAAUCAGCCAAGCGCAAGUCUAGUGAACUUGAGAGAGACGACGAACCAGCUCCUGUAGACGCACCCAAAGCUUCUGAGCUGGCCAUCUCGACUACCUCUGCGACCGUUUCCGACGCCCCUACCAAGUCUGACGAAAGUCCGAAGACGAAGCGCAGCAGAGUUGAUGACAAGAGCAGCACCGACGCUACCUCAGCAACACCAUCAGACGCCAAGGUGACCAUCGAAUCUGAGGAAAAGACUGGUAAAGAGGAAACACAAGAGACACAGCCCAGCAUCAAAAUCCCGGCAGGGAGCGGAUUUGCAAACACUUCUGCAUCCUCGCCAUUUGCUUCUCUGGCCACCAUGAAGUCUCCCACGGAACAAUCUCAAGCUGCUACUAGUGCGUUCGCCUCUUCCGCUUUCGGUGCACUCGCUGGUUCUUCCACAUCGGCAUUCGGCGCACUAGGCCAGACUAAAACUCUAUCAAGUUUUGCUAGCCCAGGUAGCACCCCUGCACCUGGCGAGGAUGGCGCAAAGCCAGCACUGAAAACAAGUGCUUUUGGCGGUCUUUCAUCUGGAGCAUCGCCUUUCGCUGCUGCUGGAUCUUCAGGCUUUGGGUCCGGGGCUUCAGGCUUUGGCAAGCUUGGUAAUGGAUCCAGUGGGGGUUUCGGCUCAAGCGGCGGUUUUGGAAGUCUCAGUGGAGCAAGAUUGACCAGCUUUGCCAGCAGCGGUACUCCUGGUAUCAUUGGAUCAAGCACAAAGACAGCGAUCACGGCAUUUGGCGCCCCUGACGACGAGGAGAACCAGUCUGGAGACGAGGAUGACAGCGACGCUGGAGUUAAGAGCCCGAAGCUCAUCGUCGACGAGGAUAAGAAGGACACUCGCUUCUAUGCACAAGACAUCGAGACUGGUGAAGAAGACGAGACUACCGAAUAUACGUGCCGCGCCAAGCUGUAUAAUUUUGUGGAAAAGAAGGAAUGGAAGGAGCGCGGACUGGGUGUUCUUCGCCUCAAUGUGACCGAGCCCAAGCCCGAAGACGAGGACUCGACGUUGAAAGCCAGACUUGUCAUGCGUGCAGACGGCUCACACCGCGUCAUCCUCAACACGCCCAUACACAAGAGUCUCAAGUUUGGUGAUGUGCAAGGCAACAAGCCUACAGGCAGUUUCAUGAGUUUCAUGGGCUCCUUGGACAACAAGCCGGAGCUAGAGUUCCUUCAGAUAAAGCUGAGACCACAAUUCGCUAUCGAGCUCUGGGAUCACAUUGCAGAUUUGCAGAAGCAGAUGUAA